GCCCAUUUGUUCCUGCUGCGAUCCGGCCGAAGUAAAAAGCACGCGCAUACCCGAUCUCACUCUGCCCUCACCCAUUUCCUUGCCGGUACCAAGUUCGCCGGAAUACUUGAUCGCCGUUGCUUUCUGGCAUUCGCUCGCGAACUCUUCAGCGCAGUCACCCUGUCUCAUUGCCACUUCGCCGGACCGAAAGAACCAGAGUUUCCGCAAAUUGUCCUUCUCGGGCUUUCGUUCUUCUGUUCAGAUCUCUUCUGCCGAAUCAAGGAAUGGAAUCUCCUUCUGCACUAUUCAAGCAGCUCAAGGCUGCGGAGCCCUUUUUCUUACUAGCAGGCCCAAAUGUUAUUGAAUCUGAGGAGCACAUACUUAAGAUGGCGAAACAUAUAAAAGCAAUAACGUCAAGGCUUGGUUUGCCCCUUGUGUUCAAGUCAAGUUUUGACAAAGCUAAUCGUACUUCAUCAAAAUCAUUUCGUGGUCCUGGUUUGGAACAAGGUCUGAAGAUUCUUGAGAAAGUAAAGGUGGCAUAUGAUCUGCCAAUCAUAACUGAUGUGCAUGAGAGCAGCCAGUGUGAAGCUGUUGGCCAAGUUGCAGAUAUUAUUCAGAUUCCAGCUUUUCUUUGUCGUCAGACAGACCUUCUAGUAGCAGCAGCUGAAACCGGAAGAAUCAUAAAUAUCAAGAAAGGCCAAUUUUGUGCUCCUUCAGUUAUGGUGAAUUCUGCAGAAAAAGUUAGACUUGCAGGAAAUGCUAAUGUCAUGGUUUGUGAGAGAGGCACUAUGUUUGGAUACAAUGAUUUGAUUGUUGAUCCGCGCAAUCUGGAAUGGAUGCGAGAAGCAAAUUGCCCUGUUGUAGCAGAUAUUACACAUUCUCUCCAACAACCUGCAGGGAAGAAGCUUGAUGGUGGUGGUGUUGCAAGCGGUGGUCUGCGUGAACUAAUUCCAUGCAUUGCAAGGACAGCAGCUGCUGUAGGUGUUGAUGGAAUUUUCAUGGAGGUACACGAUGACCCCCUUAGUGCACCUGUCGAUGGUCCAACACAAUGGCCAUUAAGGAAUUUGGAGGAACUGCUUCAGGAGCUCAUGGCCAUUGCUACGGUCACAAAGGGCAAAAGGGCAUUCAAAAUCGAUCUGACGCCUUACCGCGAUUAGGUUCAACAUGAAUAUCAUGAGGGCAUGAAACCCCCUAUGAUUAGCAGCUUAUUUGUCUCCGAUCCAGAGCAGCAUUCGUCUUUGGCAUUUUUGAAUUUGUUGUGUGCACACAUAAAACUUCUGCAUCUCUGUGUUCUUUGCUAGCUCCAACCAUUAAGACUGUAAUAUCAUCGGCGUACAAAAAAAUCAAGAGAUCAAUGCUUGUGGUUAGGCAUGUUAUAAACUAAUGCUCUUACGCUUAUACAAUAAGAACAAGUUCAAAAAUGCAAUUUGUCA